GCUUGGAAAACGGCAGAUGCUUAACUUAGCCAAAAUCAGGGCUUUUGCUCAGAAUGCUGAUUUAUAUGAAGAGAGACAGAGUGAUUUAAGAAAAGAAUGCUUGAAACUCUGGAAGAUUCCGGACAGAGCCCGCUCUGCCCCUAGCAAGCCAGAUCCAAAAUCUAAGUUUUUCGAAUUGAUGAAGGGUGAAAGUUCUGAUUACAUGAACUUCAAAGCAGAAGAAUUGACACAAGAGAAGUUAAAGGCUAUAACAAGUGUUUAUGAUUAUUACUGUAUUGUUUUGGGUAUGGAGACAAAUAGCCAAUCCCAUACCUGUUUCAUCUUAAGCUUGGGGAGAAACCACAUCUUCUGGAAAGAACCAACUACCCUAGGGGGUCGCUGGAUCAAACUGGAUCUGAAAAUGGAUCUUCCUGCAAAUACCCUCUUAUUUGCUGAGCUUAUUCAGGAAUUAAAUGGGGAGGGUCGAGCUCAGCGCCGAUUUAAAGCUGUACAUAUAUUGGAUGCCAUAUGCCUUGGUGGAGAUGAUGUCAGAGCCCUCUCUUUUAUGGAAAGGGUUAACUAUGUCCAGAAAUUUGUGAAGGCAGUAUCUAAACCGAGCAUACCGAACUUGACGCCGAUCAAAACAAAAGAAAUUGUUCCAUUGAAAGAAGUAGAUCAAGUGUUUGAUCAUUUAACUAUGAAAGUGGUGAAGGGUUCAGGUGGAAUUCCUCAACUGUGUUAUUCUAUGACUGACGGAAAACAUUUUAUCCCUUCUGGCUUGCUAAUUAUUAAAACAGUUGAAUAUCCAUGGACCAUAGCGUAUAGCAAAACAAAUCAGCGAACAUAUUUUUUCAACACCAAAACUAGAACCUCAGUUUUUGAUGGACCUAGUGAAGCUGUCUCUUCAUUCAGGUCAUGUUACAUCAGUCGAAUAUUCUGGUCAUGGGAUUCUGGUGUUAAACUAGUGGAUGGUCAUACUGCUGCAUCUGGUAAGGUUCAUAGACACACAAUAACUGAUUUUGUUGACCAUGCCUUGGGACGAUGACUUUUUUUAGUUAUAUCAAUUAGAAAUAUUUCUACUAGCAACUGCUGGUAGGGAUUUAAAGCAUUAUGAUUUUAAUACCCUUGAUCAUUGUGAAAUCCUGUCUGUUUAUGAGACUCUAAAGUCAAUGACAACAAAAUGAAAGUUUUGUAUAUUUACUCUUCUUUUUUCCAUUUAAUGUGUACAUAGAUUUCAAUAUAAUAAAAUUUUAUA